AUGUGGGAAUGUUUAGAUAAAGUUAAAGAUUGUCUGGAUAUAUUAACAAUACAAUCAUAAAUAAUUAAUUUAUAGAUAAUAUUUUAAUAUCUCUUUGUGCCUAAUAAUUGUGGUUAAAGGGUUUAUGAAAAAUUAAAAUUAUUUCUUAUUCUUUUUUUUUAUCAAAAAAAUCAUUAUUUUCCUACCAAUCAACACCAACUGUUGAGUAAUGAAAUAAAAGAAUUAGUAGCAGGAAUAUUCAAACCAUUUUUGCCAGAAGUUAUAGAAUUCUUGGUUGGAAAAAUAUUGAUGUAAGAUAUAAGAAUUGUGAAUGCCUUGAUCUUUUCAGGCAUAUUGGAAGUUUUGUUAGUGAUAUUAGGAGCAUUGUAAACAUGAAAAUUUAUUUUUAGCUACUAUAUAAUGGUUGAAACUCCAAACCAAUAUAAAAGAGCUUGAGAAUUAUUGCUAAAUUGGCUUUCUUUUUAGGAUUAAUUAUUUGGAUUGCAAUUUAUUGUAGUGGAAUUGGAUUAAAAAAAUUUCUUGAAAUAUUGCAUAUAGUUUAUUAAAACC